UCCGCCCCCCGCCUCGCCGCCGCCUCCCGACUCGGCCCGGCGUGCCGGCACCCCCGCACCCCCCGGAACACCCCACGGCGGAGGAAGGAGUCCAUGUUGGGGAACUUGGCGGAGUGACGGGGGCCUAGGGACCUGCGGUGGGGCCGCCGCGGGAGCAAGCGCCUCGACCUCGGCCUGAGGAAAUCGUAUUCCAAGGAGAAAUGAAGAAGAAAACUGUAUACACCAUACAUGUAGGAGAUCAGGAUUAUGAAGAUAUGGAAGGUGAAGAAAACAGAGAUAAUACUGCUGCUACUGGUCUCUUGUACAGUGAAGAUGACAGAUGUCCAAUAUGUCUUAAUUGCCUAUUAGAGAAGGAAGUUGGUUUUCCAGAUAGCUGCAAUCAUGUCUUCUGUGUGACUUGUAUUCUUAAAUGGGCAGAGACACUGGCUUCUUGUCCUAUUGAUCGAAAACCUUUUCAGGCAGUGUUUAAAUUCAGUACAUUGGAAGGUUAUGUUAAGAUUCAAGUAAAAGGAGAGUUGAGAGAAACAAAAGAUAAAAAAAAUGAAAGUUCUUUUAAGAAACAGCUGUCCUGUCAUGAAAAUUUUAAAAGCUAUAUAAGGAAGAAAGCCAUUAUAAGAGAAGAUCUCUUAAGUUUAAAGUUUUUUGACUUGAAGAUGAUACAUAGAAACUCUUCAUACAGAAAUGAACCAAGAGGAAAGAAAAAUGUAGCUAUAAAGAUAAAUAAGCCUCAAAGAUCAAAUCAGUGUAUAAGUCAGUGCUUUAGAAGUUCUUUCUGCAAUAUGUUUUCUUCUAGUAGUAAUACUGGAGAACCUUCUUUCACCUAUAGGACUUACUGUACAGAAUUUUUAGAAGUCAAUGAAAUCAAUGCGUUGAUAAGGCAGAAGAGACAGGAACUAGAACUGUCAUGGUUUCCUGAUAUAAUACCUGGAAUUGGAAGAAUUGGUUUUAUUCCCUGGAAUGUUGAAGUCCUUCCUCUCAUUUCUUCUGUGUCACCAAGAAUGAUUUUUCCAACAAGUACCAUAUCAUUGGAACAUUUUGGUACGUAUUACAAGGGAUAUGCAGUAGCACAUACUCAAGAAGGAGAAGAAAAGAAGCAAACUUCUGGUACAUCAAAUACCAGAGGAUCAAGGCGAAAGCCUACAGCAACACCUCCUACAAGGAGAUCUACACGGAAUAUGAAAGCUGAAACUGUUGGUCAAUCUCAAAGAUCGUCAGUAUCAAGUAGUUCUGGGUGUGAUGCCCCAGGUAACAGUAAUCCACCUUUGAAUGUUUCCUCAUCAGCUGAGUUAGAGAAGCAAACAAGACAGGCCCCAAAACGGAAGCCUGUAAGAAGAGGAAGAAAACCACCAUUAUUGAAAAAGAAACUUCGGAGCUCUGCACCUCCUCCUGAAAAAUCAUCUUCCAGUGAUUCAGUAGAUGAAGAAGCAGCAGAAUCUGAUGCGCCACCUAUGUUAGAGAAAGAGCACCUGUCAGAUGCAGAAAAUAAUAACACUUGUAAUGAACAGACAAAUGUAGAUAAUCAGCCUGCUAAUUGCUUGAAAAAUUGCAGCAGCGAGCAAAUAGAAAAAAGUGAGGAACAUACUGAGAAUAAUGAUGUAGAAAAAGAAACAGAAUCUUCUCAUUCCGAGUCUUGUACUCAAGAUCCUCUGGGACUAGUUGAAGAGAAGGAAGAAGUUAAAAAAUUUGAGAACACAGGAAUAGAGGAUAAAAGUUUAUGUUUAAAAAGUGAUAUUUCUAAAAAUAUUUUUGAAGAAGAAAGUGAUGCAUUGGAAAAUCAAGACCAGAUAACUGGACUCUCAGAGGUAAAGGCAGAUAUAUGUACAGAUAAUCCUCCAAAUGAUUUUUUUACAUGUUCAGGACCUGAAAUUGAAGAACAACAAUCUGUAUCUAGUCCCCUAAGUGAAUUACCGGAUAAUUCAGAGUUAGUAACUAAUAAAGAAAAAAUUAUAGAGAAUUCCAUAGUAGAAAUUAUUGAUCAUAAAGAUACCGCAGUAAAAAUAGAAGAGUUUGUAGAGAGCACCAAGUUAGAAUCUUUUGAGGGAGAAAUUAUACAAACAGUGGACAAAAAGUCUGUUGAGAGCUCAGACAUCGAAUUCCUUGAGCAUGUUAAAACCGAAAGUACUGAAAUAACUAUAACUUAUGAAACAGUGGACAAAAAGUCUGUUGAGAGCUCAGACAUCGAAUUCCUUGAGCAUGUUAAAACCGAAAGUACUGAAAUAACUAUAACUUAUGAUACUUCCGAAAAUGAAAAUAUCAAUAGUAUUCAGGACUCUGAAAAUAAUUUUAAAAACAAUAACACCAUCAACGAGGGCAUAUCACUAGAAGAAAAGACUGAAUCGCUGGUUGUACAUCCCAGAUCUAUAGAGUUGUCUAAUACACACACUGAUCAGCUUCAGAAGCCUUUUAGUGAAGACAAUAAUGAAAUGAUACCUAUGGAGUGUGAUUCAUUUUGCAGUGAUCAAAAUGAAUCUGAAAUUGAACCAUCUGGAAAUGCUGAUUCUAAACAAUUGAAUGAAAAUUCCAUAGCAGACAACUCUGAAAACAAUAUGCCAUCAUCUGUUCCUGCAAAUGAAAAUGUUGAAACUGUAUCUCAACCAUCUGAAAGCCCAAUAGAUACGGUAGAUAAAACCAAAAAGCCUCGUACACGAAGAUCUAGAUUUCAUUCCCCAUCUACAACAUGGUCUCCCAACAAGGGCAGUGCACAAGAGAAGAAGCGAUCUCAGUCUCCAUCUCCCAAAAGAGAAACUGGAAAAGAGAGCAGGAAGUCUCAGUCACCAUCUCCUAAGAAAGAAUCUGCCAGAGGGCGGAGAAAAUCUCGUUCUCAGUCCCCAAAAAAAGAUGUCACAAGAGAAAAGAGGCGAUCUCAGUCUCGGUCUCCAAAAAGAGAUAGUACCAGAGAAAGCAAACAAUCUGAGUCAUUGUCCCCAAGAAGAGAUACUUCUAGAGAGAACAGAAGAUCUCAGUCAAGAGUGAAAGAUUCCUCCCCAAGAGAGAAGUCCAGGUCCCAGAGCAGAGAAAGAGAAGGUGAUAGAGAUGGGCAAAGGAGAGAUCGAGAUAGAGAAAGGAGAACCAGAAGGUGGUCUAGGUCCAGAUCUCGUUCUAGGUCACCAUCAAGAUCUAGAACAAAAUGUAAGAGUUUAUUAUUUGGUAGAAAUGACAGAGAUAAUUACCCUCCCCGGUGGAAGGAAAGAUGGACAAAUGAUGGUUGGAGAUGUCCACGAGGGAAUGAUAGGCACAGAAAGAGUGACCCAGAGAAACAGAAUGAAAAUACAAGAAAAGAAAAAAAUGACAUCAAUCCAGAUACUGAUGAUCCAAAUUCCACUGACAAACAUAGAAAUGACUGCCCCAGUUGGGUAACAGAAAAAAUAAAUUCUGGGCCUGAUCCGAGAACCAGAAAUCCAGAAAAGUUAAAAGACUUUCACUGGGAAGAAAAUAGAAAUGAAAAUUCAGGGAAUUCUUGGAACAAAAACUUUGGUUCAGGUUGGAUGUCUAACCGUGGUAGAGGUAACCGUGGCAGAGGCACAUACAGAGGUAGUUUUGCCUAUGCAGAUCAGAACAAAAAUAGGUGGCAAAACCGAAAACCCCUCUCAGGGAAUUCAAACAGUUCAGGGAAUGAGUCUCUCAACUUUAUGGAACAGCAGCCCUAUAAGCGGAAAAGUGAGCAAGAGUUUUCAUUCGAUACACCUGCAGAUAGAUCUGGGUGGACAUCUGCAUCUAGUUGGGCUGUGAGAAAGACUCUGCCAGCCGAUGUGCAAAAUUAUUAUUCACGAAGAGGCAGGAAUUCUUCAGGUCCACAGUCUGGAUGGAUGAGACAAGAGGAGGAAACAACUGAACAAGAUUCUAACCUAAAAGACCAAACAAACCAACAAGUUGAUGGUUCUCAACUUCCUAUAAAUAUGAUGCAACCACAAAUGAAUGUAAUGCAGCAACAAAUGAAUGCACAACACCAGCCUAUGAAUAUUUUCCCAUAUCCAAUGGGUGUUCAUGCUCCUUUGAUGAACAUCCCGCGCAAUCCAUUUAGCAUGCAUCCUCAGCUACCCUUGCAUCUCCAUACAGGAGUGCCUCUCAUGCAGGUAGCUGCUCCUACCAAUGUAUCUCAGGGACUGCCGCCACCACCACCCCCUCCCCCGCCAUCCCAGCAGGUCAACUACAUUGCUUCACAGCCAGAUGGAAAGCAAUUGCAGGGUAUUCCUGGUGCUUCUCAUGUAAGUAGUAACAUGACCGCACCAGUCUUGCCUGCUCCGACAGCUGCUCCAGGAAAUAUGGGAACAGUUCAGGGACCAAGUUCUGGUAAUACUUCAUCAUCAAGUCACAGCAAAGCCUCUAAUGCUGCUGUAAAAUUGGCAGAAAGCAAAAAAUUGCAAAUUCAAGAAAAAGCAGCACAAGAAGUAAAAUUAGCUAUUAAGCCAUUUUACCAAAAUAAAGAUAUCACCAAGGAAGAAUAUAAAGAGAUUGUACGAAAAGCAGUAGAUAAAGUUUGUCAUAGUAAGAGUGGAGAAGUAAAUUCUGCUAAAGUGGCAAAUCUGGUUAAAGCCUAUGUAGACAAGUACAAAUAUUCACGGAAGGGGAGCCAAAAGAAAACUGUGGAAGAACCUGUGUCUACUGAAAAAAACAUAGGCUGAGAUGGGGAGCAUUAUAAAUGACGUUAUCAAGAUAUCUGCAAAGUGCAAUUUCAACAUGUACCAUUAACUGAAAAAUCAUACAUAACUGUGAUUGAAAUUUGGUUUUGAUAAAAUUAUUUUUUUUAAUGUAGGGUAUAAUGUUUUGUUUUAAGUAAAUAUAGUCUGCACUGCAACUUCUAUAUCCUUCCUUCCCCCACUCAAAAAUAAAAAAUUCAUGGGAAAGUAAAGGGUUUAAAGGAAAGUGCAUUUUUAUUAGGACUGUGUUUUGUUGAUACUGGAAGAUGUACAGCUUUUCAGUUAGAACAGUGGAGUGCAUAAAUUAGAAACUUCUAAGUGCACUGAUUUUCAAAAAUAUAUAUGUAUAUAUAUAUAAUACAUUUAUUCUGUCAGACUAAAAAAUGAAGUAUGAUCUUUACGAUUUUUCCCUUUAAUUAUAGAAAGUUAAAUAAUGUAUUACCAUGAAAAAUACUUCUAAUAUUAAAUAGAACAUACCAAUUGCAGGAUUCUUAAUGUGUAUUUUUAAAGCACAUAACUGAAUGAAUUGCUUAGAUAGAAAACAAAUUAUCAUGAGUAAGAUUUAAUAUUCAAAAGUUUGAGACACUCUUCACCUAUUGUAUUACCAAUAAAGGUUAUGCUGCUUGUUUUCCUUUUGUGCCUUUUUUUUUUCCCUCCAGUUAAAGAUGAAGCAGUUCUAUUUGCCAUAUUCUUACUUUGGCAUUUCAGAAUCUUUGUUAAAUUUCAAAGACCAAUUUUGAGAAAGUAUUGACUUUGUAGAAAUUAUGUUCGUUCAUAAUAUCGUCCAUUCAUCACAGAUAAUUAUUUGUGCCAACUGGAGAAUUGCUGUUAAAUGGUGAACCUUCCCUUCCUUGGGACUAAGGUAGAAUUACAAGACUCACUUUCUGGGCUUCAGGUGGUUACUCAUCUGUCUAAUCACUGAUGAAAUUCUUUUCACACUUGAGAAAUCUCUAAAUGUGUUACGUAGAAUAAAAUGUUAAUUUGUUGACCAUGUAGUGACCAUUAGCCAUGUUGCUAAAUUCUAGACAUUAAAGCCCUUCUUUUGGAAAUGGAAAGGAAAAUUAAAUAGAGUCACAGUUGUACUUUCCAGGGACUUGGGUUUGGGCAUUUUUUUUUUUUAAGUAUUAGAAUAUGUUAAUUUUUAUAAAAGGUAAGUUUAAAUGUUUAUUUUAAUUGGCAUCUUUAAAUAAAAAUAGGUUUUCUCCAUGGUAAAAACUGUCUUUCAUUCCAGUAACAAUUUUCAAUAGAUACCAAAUAACUGGAAAGCUAUUCAGAUGUUAAUGGAUCCAAAGUAAACAUGCCUCAGUGAGAAAAACUGACCCUUUUACUAGCUAAACUAUUUAGUGAAAGCAGUACUCUAUAGGACUAGGCUUUUAUAAAGUAAUGCUUGUUUGUUUCUCAGUUUUAUGUGCAUAAUAAUACUCUCCUGGUGCUAGCUUUGAUAGGCAAAAUAUUUUGAAAUAUUGGACACCAUAAUGAUUGUACUAGUUCAUAUACUUUGUUAGGUUAUGAAUGAGUGUAAUCCUAAAAAUAUUUCCAAGCAUUUUUUGAUCUUCAACAUUUCUGGGCAUUUGUAAUAUGGUAUUCUAUUGACACAUAUAUUUUUACUUAAAGGUUGUGUUUAGCUUAUGAUCGGGAAAGAAGUUUCGAAGUGUGUUUCUUCUAAUAAAGUAUUAAGGUAGUGUUUUAAAUAUCAGUGCAUACCUCCUCAGUUUCUAGAACAAGUGAAACAAUUGUGCAGGCUUUCAGUCUAUUUUGAGUUAAGGCUAGUUCACACUUUGAAAUUUUUGAAAUAAAUUGCUGUGCCUACAUUGAUUAAUCACAUAGUACAUAUUUUUCCUGCAUUUUCUUUCAGUAAUAUUUAGGAACUGGGUGGCAUUUUAAACAUUUUAAUACUGUUUAGCUUUUGCAAAAAUAAUUGAAAGUUUUGAAGAAAAACUAGGUGGUGGUAUGAUCAAGAGUUAAUGUCUCAUAUCCUUGGUAGAAUUCCUGUGAAUUAUUUCCACCAUUUAAAAAAAAUAACAGGUAUAUAUCAAUUCUGGUUGGGGCACUAGUUAGACAGCAUAACUAAAAUGAAGUGUUACUGGAUUAGAAUUCAAAGUUUUUAAACUUUGAAAUGUUUAAUAACAUUAAGAGAAUGCAUGCCUUAUGUUAAAAAAUGCUUUAGUUUUCCAUUUUUGCUUCUUUUUAAAAAAUUGACAUUAAUUUUGCAUAUGCACAAAUUUAAUCAAAAACAUUUUAUGGACUCUCUUAUUUGUCGUUAUUUAUCAAGGUUCAGUAUUGGCUUGAUCUUUGAUAUCUUUAGUCACAUUGACUGAUGUCUUAGGCUAUAAAGAUGCCUAGAAAUCUGAGACAAAUAGUAGUUACCCAUUAACAUUCCAAAAAUUUUGUCAUUUGUUUUUUGUUGUUUUUGUUUUGGUGAAUACCGCAUUUUCUCCACUACCUUCCUUCAGAUGUCCACAGUGUGUACUACUUUAAUGUUCCUCCCUUUAAAAGAUGUAGCUUCAGAAGUUAAGUUGUUGCCCCAGGGCCAUGAGACAUUGUAGUAUGAGGUUGGAGUGCUGUCUACUGAAACAAUACUCUUAAAUAUGUAGUGUGUAAUAUUUUCUAAUAAAUUCUUUUGAUAAACAA